AAUGAACUGGACGGGCGGUCAAAACUGGAUAGAUCCAAAAACAAAGAACAACACUUAGCACCUAUUAACGUUGUGAAUAGCAAAAAUUCAGUUUAAUUUAGUUUAUUCUGCUUACACAUUACAAAAUGUCCAAGUAGCAUGAAGGUUAUCUUUUCGAAGCGCAAAAUGAAACAUUUUCUUAUUUUUGGCAUAAUCAUUAUUUUAGUUUUUUGUUUAUACAAGUCGUUGGUGAGUGAGGAGCUUAUUUAUAGUUUUGAUUCAAACAAAUACUCAUCCUUAUUAUCAAGUAAGCAGCAAAGAGCCGCUUUAAAAAGUUUUCACGCCAACAAUGAUGAUGUUGUUGACGGUGAGCUCGCAUCCAGCUACAAUGAAUUGAAUGAUGCUCGUCAACAGCUUGAAUUGAAGAUUCGACAGCUUGAAAUGAAGAUUCAAUCGUUGGAAAAUCGUGUCGCAAAGAAAUACCCAGACGUUUUGUUUCUCAAUUAUAAAAAUCGUAAACGAAUUUUGAUAACGGGCGGUGCUGGUUUUGUUGGUUCACAUUUGGUGGAUCGCCUGAUGAUGCAAGGUCAUGAAAUUAUUGUGGCUGAUAACUUUUUCACUGGACGUAAACGAAAUGUGGAACACUGGCUCGGUCACGAAAAUUUCGAACUCAUCCAUCAUGACAUUGUGAAUCCGUUAUUCAUCGAAGUCGACGAAAUUUAUCAUUUAGCCAGUCCAGCUUCCCCACCUCAUUACAUGUACAAUCCCGUGAAAACGAUCAAAACGAAUACCGUUGGCACGAUAAAUGUGCUUGGCCUAGCGAAACGUGUUGGAGCCAAGGUGUUGAUUGCCAGCACAUCGGAAGUCUAUGGUGAUCCAACAGUUCAUCCGCAACCCGAGUCAUACUGGGGCCAUGUAAAUCCAAUUGGCCCACGUGCUUGUUACGAUGAGGGAAAACGAGUCUCGGAAACUCUGAGCUAUGCUUAUGCCAAACAGGAGAAUGUCAACGUUCGUGUGGCUCGAAUUUUCAACACAUACGGACCAAGGAUGCACAUGAACGAUGGACGAGUCGUUUCCAAUUUUAUACUACAAGCACUACAAAAUCAAUCCAUUACGAUUUAUGGCAAUGGAAAACAAACACGGUCUUUUCAAUACAUAUCCGAUUUGAUUGACGGACUGGUCGCCUUGAUGGGUUCCAAUUAUACGCAACCAGUUAACAUUGGCAAUCCCGUUGAACACACAAUUGAAGAAUUUGCGGUGAUAAUCCGAGACUUGGUUGGCGGUGAAACUAGUAAAACUGAAACGAUGCCAGCUGUCGAAGAUGAUCCCCAGCGUCGUAAACCAGAUAUAUCACGCGCUAAAAAGUUUCUGAACUGGGAGCCUCGAGUACCACUGAAAGUUGGACUAGAGAAAACCAUUGAAUACUUCCGGAAAGAGUUAGAGCGAUCGAAUCAUUCGAACCGCAAUGUGUAUGUACCGAAACGGGACCAUCAAACGCGGGCGUCAAGUAAAAGUGUACCAAAAGAUUCAAACAUCAAUGCACCACCACCGAUCACAGAAGAUGAGCUCAAAGUGCCGGAUGUAAAUCUCCGCACAUGAAAAAAAUGACACACUUCCAGUAUAUGAAUGAGAUAUUGAAAAUUAGUGAAUAACACACAGUAUAUGUAGAAUGAUGUCUAGUCUCCAUUUAUUAAUAAUAAUAAUGAUUAGAUCAAUUAUAUAUAUAUAAAUAAACAGUCUGAAGAUUGUUAAAGUGGUUCGAAGAUUUGAUUUUUUUCUUGUGAUGUUCUGACCUUUUUUUGAAAAUAUCUUUACUGUUUUUUAAAACGCUCUGAAUAAAAAGAAAAAGUAGUCGGAGGAUAAAAACAAA